AAUCAACAUUCCAUCACCAGUUUGCUGCUUAUCAUUAUUAUAACAGCUUUGUUGUUAAUAACAAACGAACGUAUAAUGGAUAACAAUAAAGGCGGAUACUCAAACAAAACUAACCAACCUUGGUUACGUUGACUACCAAUAAAACAACAUAAACAGAUUAUCUGGAACUAUUGAUAAAUCAGGGAAAAUAAAGAAAAAGUAAUCGGCACAGAUAAUAGCAAAAACGAAAAUAUUUGUACAUUAUGCUAGUAAACAAACAGCAAAGCCAAUAAGUUAUCGUAAGAACUUUAAAUUAUAAGCAGCAUGAAUACACAUACUAGUAGAUCCUUUUUACAUUCAUGUCUGAAAGUUCCAAUCGAUCCAUGCAAUAAUUGUCCUGCACCAAUAUAUAAUCGACCAAAAAUGUAUUUAGGACGGUUGGCGACAACACCGUUAAGCGCUGCAAAUAGAUCGCUAAAAACAAGUGAAUUUGAAAAUGUAGACACAAUGGCGGGAAACAGUGGAAUACGUUCUUUGGCUAAACUAUACGACAGCAUACCAGAUUAUUGUGAUAUAAAUCAUCUACCGAAUGAAGAGUUUUAUUCGACUCUUGAUACAUUGCGGUCCACAUGCUGUGAGCUGCGUACCAAAACGGCGCAAGCAUGUGUGGUGGAGUCAAGCAGCACGACAUCCUCUGUAUCUUCACAUUUUAUCAACAUCCAGCGGGGGAAGUCGAGUAAGCAGCCGAAGAGUAGACCGUCUACCGGCAAAAGUAGUAGCAAAAAGAAGGCUGGAAAGAUUAAAAGUCAAGGUUACUCAAAUCUGCACUGUUCGUCAGAAACUCCUAUCAGCAAUGCGCAUAAAUUAGACUUUACCAAGCAUAGCGUAAUAAAGAAUUAUAGCAAAGAGUUUGAGGAUGAAGUAAAGGAAUUCCAAAAAACUUUAAAAGACUUUGAAGACGAGCUCAAACAACGUCAUUCAUUUGCCGCGUAUACGGAAUCAAAAAUUAGAACAACUAAAGUUAACCCAAACAUUAAAGAAGGCAGCGAUUUGGAAAAGAGCACAGAUAAACUACCAAAUAAACCCAGCGCAUCAAACAUUCGUGAAUUCUACAAAAAGCCUGAAGACAAUAUGCGUCCGAAUUCCAAAGCUAGUAACACAAGUCUUCGGAAGUUUUUGAGAAAAUCAUUUUCUUUUAAUGACAUUAAUAGCAUCGCCGAUAGCCGAGUAAGCGAAGAUACAGAAAUAAAACAUCCGGUGGAUAAGGUUUCUGAAACUCAAAUUCUUAUAAAUCGAACGCCUUCCAAAUUCAGCAGUUAUUUCGCACAGAAAACAAGCAUUACUUCGCCCGAGAGCAUCCCUCCGAAGAUUGUUAUCGAUCCACCAAGUAGUGAAACAACUUCCGUGAAAUCUUCAAGUCGCUCGAACGGUGGAAGAAAGAAGAAAAGGCAACAGAGGGACUUUAAAGUGCCUUUUUCAAUUUUUAACUUGGGCACGAAAACGGAAAGUCUAAAGAAUUCAACUCCAUCACCUGUACAUCCGGUGGCCAGACCUAACCUCGCUGCUACUUUAAGAGUUGAAGUUUCGAAAAAGAAACUGAAGGAACUGCAAAACAACUGCACAUACCACGAUAGCACGCCACAAUUCGAUUGGGAAGUACGCAAAACGCCAGCGUGGAAAUCACUUUCCCUCAAUGAGUCGCACAAAGAGAUACUGUCCAUGCGUUUAGCCACCCGCAAAGCGGAACAGGAAAUGCAGAAACGCGAAUACGAGCUGAACAUGGAGUUAAUGCGUCAGCGCGUAAAAUCAGCACCACUUCUUUUGGAAGGUGCCACAUUUUGGGGUCCUCAUAUUGGAAAAUUAACACAUACAUGUCAGCGUGAGGGUGCCAGCCACUGCUGCCAAACCAAUCAACGCAAAGCGCGUAGUAAAAGCGCCGAUAGUCGUAGAAAAGUGUACACUCGUGAGCGAGUUGAGAGUGAAUGCAGUCAAAGGAGUAACAAACUAAAUAUACUACAAAAAAUUUAUGGUGGUAGUUCAAAAGUGCAUUCGCGAAGUGCAACACAAACGCCGGUGAGGAGAAAAUCAUUGCAAUCUGAUGGAAAACAACAUGCGGAACAAACGCAGGCUCCGCAAACACAAAAUGACAGUGGCGAUGAAUUAUCUAGUUUAGAUAGAGCAUUCUUGUAGGUAAUAUAUGCAAACAAAGCAGACCUAAGUAGAUACU